AUGUCUCUUUGUAUCUAUCUAUCUAUCUAUCUAUCUAUCUAUCUAUCUAUGUCUGUUCAUAUAUCUAUCUAUUGUGUUCAUCUAUCUAUCUAUCUAUCUAUCUAUCUAUCUAUCUAUCUAUCUAUCUAUCUAUCUAAGUCUAUUCAUAUCUAUGUCUAUGUAUCUUUCUCAGUCCGUUCAUGUGUAUAUCUAUCUAUCUAUCUAUCUAUCUAUCUAUCUAUCUAUCUAUCUAUCUAUCUUAGUCUUCUGUUCAUGUGUAUAUCUAUCUAUCUAGCUAUCUAUAUUAGUGUGUUCUUUCAUAUCUAUCUAUCUAUCUAUCUAUCUAUCUAUCUAUCUAUCUUAGUGUGUUCUUUCAUAUCUAUCUAUCUAUCUAUCUAUCUAUCUAUCUAUCUAUCUAUCUAUCUAUACAUGCAUACAUACAUACAUACAUACAUAGUUGGCAUUUGCUUCUGUCUUUUCCCCCCAUUCUCUUGCACAUUUUCUCUCUUAACAUGUCUACAUAUACGUAGGAUUUCUUUCUUAAUUCCUUUCUUUCUUUCUUUCUUUCUUCAUUUUUUCUUUUUUUUCUUCAUUCCUCUUUUCUUUUCCUUCUGA